AUGACGGAAAUGCUUGAAAUUACUAAAUCUGCUACAGUAUUUAACUCUACAGCUAGUAACAACGAAAACAGCAAUAAUAACAACAGUAGCAACAACAAUAGCAGCAACAACAACAACAACAACAAAAACAAAAACAACAACAAAAACACCAGCAGCAGCAGCAGCGCAAACAGCAAUAAUAAUAAUAAUAAUAAUAAUAACAACAAUUCAACUGAUAACAAUUCACCCAAGGUUAUCUCUAGUAAUAAUCUUAUUAUUCAUGCUGAAAAUAGCCAUGUAAAUAAAGGAGCCAUUAAUAUUAAGGAUAGUAUCAACGAUAAAAAACAUAUUUCUGCAAGCAAUGUUGCUCUUCCCACAUGCUUAGAUAAUGUUUUUGGUAAAAAUAAUGAUGAUGAUGAAAAUGUUGAUUAUACAUCGCUAUCUGGUUCAUCUCCAUUUAAAGCCAACAAUAACAAAUCUACGGAUAUUACUCCUUACAGUAAUGCUUCUGUUAAUAACAAGAAUAAUGAUACUGUGACAUCUCCAGGUAUUUUUAUAAAAGAUAAGGAUCAAAACCAAAGUAUUAACGGUAACGUUAGUACCGCUAUUUUUUCAGCUAAUAGCAAUAACACAACGUUAUCAAUCAAUGGCACUACCGGUACAGCCAACACGAAUAAUUCAAGCAUUGAGAAUUUAGUACGCCUAAGAAGAGAAUCAGUUGCCCAUGCCUUAGGUAUGGGUGGUGUUUCCUGGGGAUCUUUAAGUAUUGGAUCUUGGCUUAAGGAUGAAGUUAUGUUUCGCAAAGGGAGUAAUAAUCAUCAUUCGGGUACCACUUCUACUUCGGUUAGUAGUAAUGAGGGCUCUCCUAUUAAUGUAAGUAAUAUUUCAAAUAACUUCAACUACAUGGGCCAACAACAAGGAACAGGGCAAAUGCACCAUCAGAAUAAUAACUCUGAUAACAAUACUGAUAGUAGUUGUACUUCUGCUAUUAAAAAUAGUGGGAUAAACACGCAUGCUUCAUACUUGCCAAAUUUGGAAAAGAAAUAUUGUAAAGAUUAUUCAUGUUGUGGGUUAUUGCUGCCAUCCUUACAUGAUUUAUUGGAUCAUUAUGAGCAAGCUCAUAUUGCAGCUGCUUCUUCUAACUUAGUGGCAACUAUUGGAACAAAUAACAUUAAUAACAAUUACACUCUGGAUAAAGCUAACAGACCUGUUUCUCUAGCCACUCCAACCGCAAGUGUGGCUUCUAUUAAUAAUAAUAAUUCUGACCAUUAUGCCACUAUGGGGCAGAAAACUUUAUCAAAAAACAUUAAAAAUAAAUCGGAUUCAACUAGUAACAAAGCUGAGAACACUUCCAACUUUUCCUCCAGACUUCUGAAAGCUGGUGACAAUACUGUGUAUCAGCAUAUGAACGGCAAGGAUAAUGUGAACACAAAUAAUAUCGAGUAUAGAAUAAAUUGUAUUGGCACAGAUAAUAACUUAGUGUCAACAACAUCACCCUCUAAUUCAAAUGUUACCGUAACUGGUAUGAAUAGGUCACCCAAUGUUUUUAACCAUCAUGCUUUAUCCAGAGGUAAUUCUAGCCUGAAUGACAACCUAAUAGAUUCAGUUCAUACAAAUGAUGUUUUUUUAAAUCAAACAGCCGGUGGAAAUGAACAGCAUCGACACACUAUUGAUUUACAAAAAUCUUUUAAAAACUAUUUUAUAAAUAUGGGUAGCAGUGACCAGAGUAGUAACUCUAAUGUUGCCAAUAUGUCAUCUAGUCUCAACACUUACAACCGCAAUCAUCACCUCCACCAAAACAAAAGUGGUAACAAUGCGAUAUCUAAUUCUAACGUUGGUAUUCAGCACAAAAAUAGUUCAAUUAAUAGUAAUACUAAUCCCAACAAUAACACUUUCAGUGCUAGUGAUGGGGUUUCAUCCUGCGUAGUCAGUAGCAAAAGUACUAUAUCUUCAUCAUCUUCAUCAAUAAUGAGUUCCAAUACGAAUACACCAGCUACUUCUAUUGAUGACGAUUCGAUUGCAACCUGCAAUAGCCAAAUUUCCAAUAGUAAUAAUAAUAUUGAUAAAUUACCAAAAUCGAACAUGAAUAAUGACUAUAAUGGCAGUAAUAAGAAUAGUGAAGUGUUAUUAGACGACGAGCGUCAUAGCGCGGAACACCAUAAAGCAGAUAGCGCUGUUAAUAAUAAUUGCGUUAAUAAUAAAACCAGUAUUAGUGAUAGUAAUAAUAGAGAUGUUAUCAAUAAUGCUAGUAGCCAUAAUAACAAUGGCGGUAUAGCUGGCAAUAAUAAUAGUAUUACUAACAAGGAAGAUAUUGAUGAGCCUGACAUUGAUAUGAAAGAUUUGAGGGAAUAUAACGAAGAUAUUGAUCAUUUUGGAGAGAAAUUUAAUAUGCUGCAUAGAAGACCAUUCAUUGAUGAUCCUGCUAGAACUUUGUAUGUAAUGGACCUCGAAGAAAAUAAACCGUUUAGAUGCCCAGUUAUUGGUUGUGACAAGAGUUAUAAAAAUCAAAAUGGAUUGAAAUAUCAUAGGUUACAUGGUCAUCAAGGGCAAAAGUUAUUUGAAAAUCCGGAUGGAAGUUUUAGCAUUAUAGAUCCGGAAAGUAAUGAACCAUAUCCUGAUGGCAUGGAGUUUGAAAAGGAUAAACCUUACAGGUGCGAGGUUUGUGGAAGAAGAUAUAAGAAUUUAAAUGGUUUGAAAUAUCAUAGAGGUCAUUCAACUCAUUGA